UUUGUCUGCACAGGGAGAAGGAGAAGGAGAAGGAGAAGGAGAAGGAGAAGGAGAAGGAGAAGGAGAAGGAGAAGGAGAAGGAGAAGGUGGAACCAGGUUACUAUGACCACUACACUGUUGACAAUCCUUUUAAUUGCAUGUGGUCAUGUCAUCUGUGGAAUCAGUGAAGGACCGUGUGAGAACAACAAGCUGCCCCUCCAUCACUCCUAUGUUGAAGGAGAUGCUGCAGUGUUAAUCUGCACACUGCUAAAUUCCUUAUGGAAAUUUGUAGGUAAUAAUACCUAUAAUAUCACCUGGUAUAAAAAUGAAACGGGGAAAGAGCUCUUUGGAGAUGGAGACACAAUACGUGCGAUUGAUGAGCUCCUUUGGUUUCUCCCGAUCUCCCUGACCGACACAGGGCACUAUGUGUGCGUUUUCAGAACUUCUACUCUUUGCUUUAAGCAAACUUCAUCUCUUGAAGUAAUGACAAAGAAGGACAGUUGCAUUCAUCCUACAUAUUUUCCUAAGCUACCAGCUUCAUCCAAUGGUAAUGUGGUUUGUCCAAAUGUGAAUAUCUUCACGGAUAAAUUAUACAGUCAUGAGUUUCUUUGGUACAAGGAUUGUGUGCCGAUAGAAAAUGGAAACAGAUAUCUAUACGAACAGAACACGUUAAUAAUCCGCACAGUGAAAUCUGAAGAUGAAGGAAAUUAUACCUGCACGGUGACAUUUAGUUUAAACGGGACACAGUAUAAAGCAUCCAGAACCAUGCGCAUUGGUGUAAAAGUAGUGGACGAUCAUGUACCCCCCACUGUUAUUAAUCCUAUCAAUAAUACCAUUGAAGCUUGGCCUGGAUCCCCUUUCAACAUAGUCUGUAAAGUGUUUACAGGGUUUUCUGGACAAAAUGAUCUUACCGAUGUAUGGUGGGAAGUAAAUGAAACACGUAUUCAAAAUAGUAGUCAAAUUACAGUAGAAAAACAAAGGGAAAUUCUCACACAAACUGGCCAGGAGGUUGACGUAAAGCUAAUUUUUACUGAAUUAAAGGAGGAUGAUUUUGGCUCUAACUUCAGCUGCUUUGUUGUAAAUGGAAGAGGUAGUGCUUUUGCAUACUUCCUGCUGAAGCCUGCAGGGCCCAGUUUUCUGGUUUAUGUUGGACUGACUUUUGCCAUACUCGUAUUACUCACCAUCACAAGUUUGGCCAUCUACAAGAUUUUCAAGAUUGAUAUUGUCCUCUGGUAUAGAAAAUCAAGUCAUCAUCUUAAAAAAAAUCAAGUUUCAGAUGGAAAAGUUUACGACGCAUACAUUAUCUACCCAAAAAACCACCAGACCAGUUCCUCAAAAGAUCCUGCCAUAUUUGCACUGCAGAUACUGCCAGAAGUCUUGGAGAAAAAGUGUGGAUACAAACUCUUCAUAUUGGGAAGGGAUGAGCUGCCUGGUGAAGCUGUGGCAGACAUUGUGAAUGAAAAUGUACAGAACAGCAGAAGACUGAUUAUAAUUUACACAUCCACAACGUUUGGACUGGAGGACUCGGACAUUCAGCUAGAACAACAGGCAGGAUUGCAUGACGCCUUCAUUGACAACCAAAUCAAAAUCAUUUUAAUUGAGUUGGAGAAAAUCAAAGACUAUUCUGACUUUCCUGAAUCAAUCCGGUAUUUAAAAAACAAACAAGGAGCAAUAAGAUGGAAAGGAGAUUUCACAGAAAAAACUAUGUCACCGUCCUCACGGUUUUGGAAGCAUGUUCGAUAUCACAUGCCAUUGAAUGCGCCAGGCCCAUCAUGAAAAGAAUGUGCUGUUAGGCUUAUAACCGCCCAGAUCUUGGAAACCUCUUUCAGGGUUCUUUCUCUGGUUAUGAGUGCAUUUUAUCGCCAUGCCUUUUAUACUGUGAAUGUGAUUCAGAGCAAACAAAGCUUUCUGCUCAUUCACACCUACGAUAGCCCUGGCUAUAGACUGGGAGGCAGAUAAUUUAUAUGUCAAGGCCAGUGAAAGAGAACACACUACAUACAUGCAGUAGCUCUGACAAAAAUGCCACAGUUUUAGUGCUCUGACGUAUGCCACAGUUUUAUGAAGAAGUGUUCAUGUGAUCUUUUAAUGCAACCAGUACACACCUUUAAUGAGGAUUUUUAAAAAGUUUAUCGUGUUGUUACAUAGUAAAAGCAACAUAAGGUUAAGCAUAGUGAAGGAAUGAUGAAAUUGUCAUGUAAGAUUAAGGGGCUAGUUUAGUUUUAUUAAGCUUUAUUCACAAAACUUUAAGAACUGCUUUUAAGAUUGUUUUUGUUAAAACCUAUUCUUAAUAAUUAAAUCAAGUUUGCAGUCCUUCAAUUAUUGUGAAUAGGACCUGUUAGUUCUUAACUAGCUUAGUUGUAGUAUCAGAAAUCAUGGUUUUAAAAUGAAAAUACAUGUUGGUAUAAUUCAAACAGCUUUAAAAACUUUGAGACUUACUGUAUACAGCAAAUGGAAGUGCACAAUGGGGAAUAUGUAUUCAUUAUUUUCUAAUGAAUAGCUCUGGACUCUUGACCGUAGGGUCGUGGGUUCAAUCCCCGGUUGGGGACACUGCUGCUGUACCCUUGAGCAAGGUACUUUACCUAGAUUGCUCCAGUAAAAACCCAACUGUAUAAAUGGGCAAUUGUAUGUAAAAAAUAAUGUGUUAAAAAAUAAUGUAAUUGUAUGUAAAAAUAAUGUGAUAUCUUGUAACAAUUGUAAGUCGCCCUGGAUAAGGGCGUCUGCUAAGAAAUAAAUAAUAAUAAUAAUAAUAAUUAUUAUUUUGUGAAUUACAACCCAUUUAACAAAAAUGAACAUCAUUGGUAAGCUAGUUGCAUAAUUGGUAAAACAUACAUAAACUUGACUGGAACAACAGAAAUCUAUAGCAAGCAAAAGCAAUGGGAAUAGUACAGUGCACAUUUACCACGAUAAGGGUACAAUGUUUUUUAGAAUGGGUUUUUUAAUAGCAAUUUAUGCUUCAGCUACAAUAUAUGGGUACAGUAACCUGUGAAAACAAUAAUUCUGUACCAGUACUAUAACAAUUCAUUGUUUAAGAGAUUCCAUAUGACAUUUUACAUGGAUUUGAAAACAGUUGUCUAACCCAAUUUUAAAAUCAGCUCAACUGUUAUUCAGUUUGGACAACUCCUGAGAUUUAGAAACAACAUUUAUUAGACUUAAGACAUGUACUAUAAAUAGUACUUGAUCUGAACUUACUGACGAUGCCAAAAAUAAGGUAGAGGUUGGGGAGGAGGAUAUAAACUCACAAGCGUGGCACAGACUGCAUAAAGUCACCCUUUUGUUUUUAAAUGACUACUGCGUCCUGAAUGGCUUCACUUUUUUAUUCUGGAUUAAUGGAAUGGAGUUUGGUCACUAUCACCAAUGAAGUAGAAUAUUUUAGCACUACCUCCUAUAACAAUUCAUUUUAUUUUAAGGCCAAAGCAGUGUGAUUUAUGUUCUUUUAACAAAUAUCUAAUUGUAAAAUACAGAACAUCUUUUAAUUUGGGUUACUAUAGCUUACUGAAAAAUUGCCCAAUACAGUGUUGUUAAAACUGAACACUUACACAGAUUGUAAUUUAAAGACUAACAUCUGGAAUGUACUGCUGGUGCACUAUUAAAACCUCUGUUUGUAAUGUACAGUACUGUAUGUUUCUACUUAUUACAAACCAACAUUGAAGCUUGCCUUAUACAAUAAUCCCAGAUGGGCAGCAGUGUGGAGUAGCGGUUAGGGCUCUGGACUCUUGACCGGAGGGUCAUGGGAUCAAUCAAAGAUCGGGGACACUGCUGCUGUACUCUUGAGCAAGGUACUUUACCUAGAUUGCUCCUGUAAGAACCCAACUAUAUAAAUGGGUAAUUGUAUGUAAAGAUAAUAUGUAAAAAAAUAAUGUAAUUGUAUGUAAAAAUAAUGUGAUAUCUUGUAACAAUUGUAAGUCGCCCUGGAUGAGGGUGUCUGCUAAGAAAUUAAUAAUAGUACAGACUUAGUAAUGCGUCUUCUGCAAAAUAUAGGUCAAAUGAAGACUAUAAAUACUACAGUGUGUACUGUGGGAUCCAGGUAUAUUUGCAACUUUCACACACAUACCUUCUAUUUUGAAUGUUAAUUGAAUAAAAUACCUGUAUAGUGAUUUGGGGAAAUUGUGUCUGUGUCAUUUAAAAUUAAAAAAUGGGAUUGCUGUAAGUUUAGUUAUGAAAAUGAAAUAUUUUCGAUACAUUUUUUUUUCUGCCUUUUUAUUGUAAGUUAAGGUCCAUACUUCUUGGGAGGUUUCCAUUUUUAAGUGUAAGUAGCUCAUUGUAUAAGUAGCUGUCAGUUUACGGCCUUGGUACACCAAUAUGGUAGCAAAAAUACCAGCGGCCUGGAUGAGAGGAAGAUCAUCUUCUACUCUGCUUUUAAAAUACUCAACGCAGAAGUUAAUUGCCAUUGAUUGGUACUCAAUUGUAAACAUGAGGGAGGACAACUUUUCUGUUUUGAAAUCAAAAUGUUAAUGAAUGGAUUUAUUGAAUACCUGCUGAUAAAUACUUGACAAUUCUCAGUAAUAUUUAAUCAUAUCCUGAUGUAACUAUCACUAUUAUCUGCUGUAUUAUUGAAUUGUGGUUUGUCACACUUGUACUUUGCUUGAACAAAAGUUAUUGUAUUUCUUGCUCUUAUUGUAUUACUUUUAUUGUAACACUUGAAAUGUAUUUGCUUACGAUUGUAAGUCGCCCUGGA